AUGGCCAACAAGUCCGACAAGUACAGCGAGAAGACCAAUGGAGGCCAAAGCUUUGGCCAGUUCAUCUGGAACCCCUCGACCAAAGAGUUCCUCGGCCGUACAGGAGGCUCGUGGUUUAAGAUCACUGUCUUCUACAUAAUCUUUUACCUCUGCCUUGCCGCCUUUUGGGCGCUCAUGUUGCUGAUCUUUUAUCAGACUUUGGAUGAGCGCGUACCAAAGUUCCAGCUCAGUGAUAGUCGCAUCGGCGCUAAUCCAGGACUUGGCUUUCGUCCUCGACCACGCGACGAGAACAUUGACAGUACCCUGAUCUGGUUCAAGAACGGAAAGGAGUCGUCCGAGUGGGGCUACUGGUCGAAGAGUCUGGAGGACUUCUUGCGUCCCUACUCACAGAGCAACUUGGAUGCUGGCUCGCACGUUGAGCAGUGCGCUGGAAACAAGGCUCCCGAGGCAGGAAAGUUCUGCUACUUUGACAUCAAACUGAUCGACAACAACUGCACUGUCGAGAGGAACUUUGGCUAUGACCGCGGCCAGCCUUGCGUUCUGAUCAAGCUCAACAGAAUCUUCAAUUGGAAGCCCGAGCCAUACAACUCGGAAGAUCUGCUGGACAAGAACAUUCCCGAGGUGGUCAAGAAGGGCUACGGUGAAGGCAAGAACGAAGUCGUGUACAUUACUUGCGAAGGCGAGAACGCCGCUGACAAGGAAAAUAUUGGCCACAUUUCGUACUACCCGCAGCAGGGAAUCGACUUUAAAUACUUUCCCUUCACCAACCAACCUGGCUACCUCUCACCCUUCGUCUUUGUGCACUUCAGCAGACCGCAGUCCGGAGUGCUGAUCAAUGUGGAGUGCAAGGCCUGGGCCCGCAACAUCAAGCACAACCGCAUGGAUCGCGAAGGAAGCGUCCACUUUGAGAUUCUCAUGGACGGCUUCUAA